GCCGCGGUGGAGCGAGCCAUUAACAGCAGGAUGUGCACGAGGGCGGCGCUGAUGUCGGCAGACAGAUAACAGGCGCGCGCAGACGUCAACACACACAUCCACGGUCCGCCGACGGUAAACAUUCCCGGGCUUCAGCGGCGUCGCAGUGUCGGUGAGGCGCCCCCCCCCUCCUCUCCUCGAGGUAUGUCGGAGCUCAGCCCGGCCCCCAGCAGCAGCGACGCCUGCCUCAGCAUCGUGCACAGCCUGAUGUGCCACCGGCAGGGUGGCGAGAACGAGGGCUUCGCCAAGCGGGCGAUCGAGAGCCUGGUGAAGAAGCUGAAGGAGAAGAAGGACGAGCUGGACUCCCUCAUCACCGCGGUGACCACCAACGGCGUGCACCCCAGCAAGUGCGUGACCAUCCAGAGGACGCUGGACGGGCGGCUGCAGGUGGCGGGCAGGAAGGGGUUCCCUCAUGUGAUCUACGCCCGGCUCUGGCGCUGGCCUGACCUCCACAAGAACGAGCUGAAGCACGUCAAGUUCUGCCAGUACGCCUUCGACCUCAAGUACGACAACGUGUGCGUCAACCCCUACCACUACGAGAGGGUGGUCUCCCCGGGCAUUGUGGGUCUCAGUGUACAGACUGGAGGCCUCCAGGGUCGCCUCAUCAAGGAGGAGUACAUCCAGGACUGUGUGGGCGACAUCCCCCUCCACCAGGAGCGUUACGGCCAGCCCCUCCCCCCCCUGCACCUCCCCCCCGAGUCGCCGCACUCCCCCCUCCCCCCCGUCAGCCUGUAUCCCAGCAUGCACCUCUCUCCCGCAGGGGCCAGCUCUAUGAUGGGGGGCCACGGGGGGCCCGCGGGGGGUCUGCUCCAGAUCGCCCCCUCUGGUAACCCGGGGCUGGCGGGGUCGCCCCCCCCCGACCACACCCCCUGCCCCCAGCGCCACAGCCCGGACUACCUGGGCCCCCCCACCCCGGUCCACUCAGCGGGCUCCUACCACACGACGUGGACGGGCUCCAGCACGGCCUCCUACACCCCCGUGGGACCCCACCAGAACGGGCGGAGCCACCAGCAGGGCCCGCUGCACCACCAGCCCGCGCCCAACACACACUUCUGGUCCCAGCACCACAGCUCAACACCGUUUCCCCAGCCGGUGUCCAACCACCCAGGUCCGGAGUUCUGGUGCUCCAUCUCCUACUUCGAGAUGGACAUCCAGGUGGGGGAGAUGUUCAAGGUGCUGUCCAGCUGCCCGCUGGUGACGGUGGACGGCUACGUGGACCCGUCCGGUGGCGACCGCUUCUGCCUGGGCCAGCUCAGCAACGUGCAUCGCACCGACACCAGCGAGCGCGCACGGCUUCACAUCGGGCGUGGCGUGCAGCUGGAGUGCCGCGGCGAGGGCGACGUGUGGAUGCGUUGCCUUAGCGACCACUCGGUGUUCGUCCAGAGCUACUACCUGGACCGGGAGGCGGGCCGGGCGCCCGGCGACGCCGUGCACAAGAUCUACCCUGGAGCGCACAUCAAGGUGUUCGACCUGCGGCAGUGCCACAGACAGAUGCAGCAGCAGGCGGCCACGGCGCAGGCUGCCGCGGCCGCGCAGGCUGCUGCGGUCGUCGGUGCGAUUCCCGGACCGGGGAGCGUAGGGGGCAUCGCCCCCGCAGUCAGUCUGUCGGUGGCGGCGGGCAUCGGCGUGGACGACCUGAGGAAGCUGUGCAUCCUGCGGCUGAGCUUCGUGAAGGGCUGGGGGCCGGACUACCCCCGGCAGAGCAUCAAGGACACCCCCUGCUGGGUGGAGGUGCAACUGCACCGACCGCUGCAGCUGCUGGACGAAGUGCUGCACACCAUCCCGCUGAGAGAGCCCAGCCAGAACAACUGAGAGAGGGGGGGGCAGGUGUGUGUGUUUGUGUGUGUUUGCGUGUGUGUGUGUGUGAGGUUGAGGUUGGAGUGGGGAACAAAGUGACAACCACAACAGACUGUGUUUGUGUGUGUUUGCGUGUGUGUGUGUGUGUGUGUGUGUGCGUGCGUGUGUGUGUGUGUUCGCUUGUGCGUGCGUGUGUGUGUGUGGACCGCAGGCCAAAGCUCUCUUUCUUGUGCUUUAUAUUAAUGUCUUGUUAUGAGAAGUUUGUUUCGCUGGAAUCAGUAAUCUCCCUGGAGGAUGAGAUAUCAAGUUACCCCCCUGAUUGGGUGAUUAAAACCACCCACCAAUCAUAAUUCUCAAUGUCGGGUCACGUGACCGGACUCUGAGGAGGGCGCAGAAGGCUCUAGAUUCUGGCCUUUCUCAAUCAAUCUAUUCCACCUUGGAAAGCAUCGAUCUCUACACCUACCGGACAGAACAACGGCAUCAGAUGGAAAAGCAUUUGUUUUGUUACGCUAACAUGUUACGCCCAAGAGUAUGCUCACAGGUUAUGCUAACAUGUAAUGCUAACAGGUCAUGUUAGCAAGUUUUGCUAACAUUUAAUGCUCACAUGUUAUGAUUAUAGGCUAUAUGGUCACAGGCUAUGCUAACAGGUAAUGAUCAUAGUCUAUGGUCACAUGUUAUGCUAAUAGGCCAAAUGGUCAAAGGGUAUGCUAACAUAUUAUGCUCAUAGUCUAAUGGUCACAGGCUCUGCUCACAUGUUAUGCUAACAUGUCUUGACCAGUCUAUGCUCACAUGUUAUGCAAACAUGUUAGGCUAAUAGGCUAUGUUAUGCUAUGCUGACAGGUUAUGCUCAUAGCCUAUGGUCAAAUGUGAUGCUAACAGGCUAUACGAUCCCAGGCUGUGCUCACAGGAUAAUCAAUCACUUUGUUAAGCAAGACAUUCCCUCGAUGCUUAAGGACCAAAAAGUUUAAUAAUAUUAAUGAUAAUAAUAAUAAGUAAAACCGGCAAACUCAGCUCUCUCUGCAUAUGUCCGGUGCUCUGUUCCAUGUUUACUUACUGCCUUUGUGACCUCCAGAUGUUUUAAUCUAGAUGUUUUAAACCAGAUGUUUUAAACCCAGAUGUUGUAUCCAGUUGUAAUCUCAGAGAUGCAGGUCUAUACAAAGAACCCAAGAAACCUCCCUUCGAUCGCCAUAGUAACCAAGAGUACCAAAGCCAACCACUAGUUAGCUCUUAGUUGGCGUUAGUUAGCGUUAGCGACUGUACCGAUACCAAAUGAGUUCUAGGGGAACAGCCGGAUAAUCACGGCGUCACGGUUCCCCUCUCGAUCCAAAUCCUACUUCCUUUCCCCACGAUCGCCUGGAAGUGUUGCGGUGAUGGUCACUGACAUUAGCUUAGCCAUGCUAAUCUCUCAGCUAGUAGAAAAAGCCUAUACUUCCAUUUUGCUGCUGGGUUGAAAGGUUAGUUGCCAUGGAGACAUGGUUCUGAUCACGUUGGACGUGAAGACUAAUACACUGCCUAUCUCAAACGUGUGUGUGUGUGUGUGUUUGGCGGGUUUUGCACACAAUUGUGUGCACAGUGUAUUAUACGUCGUGGGCUGUGUGUAUUUUUUGUUGUCCCGUGAUUUGCAAUGUGUGCGCUUGUCCGUACGGGUUUGUGCCGUGUGUGUGUGUGUGUGUGUGUGCGUGUGAGGGAGCUAGUGUGUGUCUAUGCGUAGGUCGUCAAUCAAUAUGGCUUAAAACUUUAUAGAUCGUUCUCGUCUGCCUCUGUACAUCCCCUUCACUUUGACUUUCAGAUGACCUUUGACCUCGGGUCAUGACCUUUGACCUCGGGCCGCUCCCCGGUGACCUCAAAGGUCGACCCUAAUGUACAGGCUGGUCGCGUGAUGUCAUAAUAUUUAUCGCGGAGAAAAAGGUCUCGGGUUUAUCACUUCUAAAACCUCCAUGUUUCACCGCUGGCUUUAAGAAUUACAAAACCUUUAUUUGGACGAGAUCAACAGCGACACACGUUAUCAGUUUUAAUAUCUGGUGUGAUGUUCAUCAAAGCAUUAAAGCUCUCUGAUCCAAUCAGA